UCUUGUCCUGCCUCUGGCAUUUUUAUGCAAUGACGAACUGUGUUUACAUUCCAUUUGAUUUUAUCACGAUUCGUAGUAUGGGCAUUUCGAGGUAUCUCUACGUCGUCAUAGAAACACAAGAAAUAUGUGUGGUCGAGCGUGUUGUUCUUUGAAUCCGGAUACCGUGUCUCGUGCUUGCAAUUACAAGGAUGCGAGCGGUAAAUGGCGUACGACCUCGUGGAUUAAAGGCGACGUCGAGUACAAGCCGUCCUUCAAUAUCGGACCCAAGGACGCUUUACCUUGCAUCGUAGCUGGUUCACAUUUUGGGAAACAAGAUGGGAGAGUCGUUUGUUCUAUGAUGUGGAGCAUGAUUCCACCCUGGCACGAGGGUGAUUAUAGAAAGCACACUCUGUCUACGCAUAAUGCACGCUUGGAAAACCUUCAGAAGUCUACAUUGUACGGUCCACUGCUUCGCAGAGGACAGAGGUGCAUUGUGGUUUGCGAAGGUUUCUAUGAAUGGAAAGCUGGAAAGACUAAGAAAGAUACCAAGCAACCCUAUUACAUUUAUGCCACGCAAGAUAAUGGUAUAAAAACAGAUGAUUCUACAACAUCGAAGGAUGAAUGGUCAGAAGAAAGCGGAUGGAAAGGAUUUAAGGUUUUGAAAAUGGCAGGAAUAUUUAAUAAAUUUAAGACUGGAGAGGGUAAAAUAAUAUAUAGCUGUGCUAUAGUUACAACAGAAUCAAAUAAUGUCUUAUCUUGGUUGCAUAACCGUGUACCUGUAUUUUUAAAAACGGAAGAAGAUUCACAGAUUUGGCUGAACGAAGAGCUGUCGGUAGCUCAAGCUAUUAACAAACUAAACAAAUUAACGUUAUCAGACGGAGAUUUAAGUUGGCAUACAGUCUCAACGAGCGUAAACAAUGUGUUGUAUAAAAGCGAAGAUUGCAGAAAGGAGACAAAGGCUAUAGAAGAGAAAAAAAGUAACUCUAGCAGUUUCAUGGCUUCCUGGCUGAAGAAGGGGAGCGAAGAGUUAGCUAAGAGAAAAAGUACAAAUACCGAUGAUGACCAUAGUUACGGAAAUGGAAAGAGCGACGAAACGCCGUCAAAAAUUGCGAAGAAAGAAUAAUUUUCUUAAAUAAUAUAGAAACACAAGUUAAAAGUAGAAUAAGAAUAUCUUCUACCUCAUCUUUUAUAUAUCUAUUUAAUAUAUAUCUCUGUAAUACUUUUAUGUCUUAACGCGUACAAAAGCAGUAGGAUUUUAAGUACAUACAAUCGUAAUUUUAUACAUGUCAUUGUAAUACAAGAAACAUUUCCUCUGACUUUAGAAUAGGAUUCCCUUUAAAUUAGAAAAAAGUAUGUCGCUCUGUAAAC